CUUCACCGCCGAGCAGACGCGACAGAUGAAGAGGCGCUCGGGAGGGUCUUGUCAUUCAUGAAAUUUGCUCUGGCAAAGACGUGCCGCCUCUGCGGCAUUCUUUUCGACCACUUGGAUGAGCAUUCUCAGCGACAAUGGUCGUGUCCUUCGUUGUUGCACGCAUCAAUCUCUAGGUGAGCCAGCAAACUUCCAUCGAUCUCUACGUUGUCCAAUAGGAGAGGAUGUUGGGGGGAGGUUGUUCCAGAUGAGGACCCCAUUGAGCCUUAUGGUAACCCACACCCAGUGCCACAACAAGCAAACUUCCAUCCUAACCAGCACAAUCAUUUUAUUGCCCCCCCCUUCAACACCAUGAGCAUGAUGACUUGCACCACAUCCCGGACUUAAACUUGGAAAACCCAAAUCUAGAACUGAUGUUAGCUCGGCCUGGCAAGAUGCAGGAUGAUUUUGAGGCUGAACGGGAGGAUUUGCCAGGUUGGGGGCAUUGGGCUAUGCCACAAGCCCCUCGCCCUGACAUGGAGAUGCGCCCUGGAGAAUUUAUGCAACUUGAUGAUUUAAUGGAAUCAAUACCAGAAGAUCGUAACCCGGUACUCAUGGAGAACAUGCCAGUUGAAGAUGCCAACAGUAACAUUACAUUGUCUCUGGCCCCCUCACACAACUCUGCACCUUUAGCUGAAUCUGCCAAUGGGCCACCUGCUCAGCCUGUGUUACAAGUACUUGACCUGAAUGAUAUCAAUGGGCCCCCUUUGCCAGUACAACCACUGGAUGUGAAUGCUUUGGAGCCCCUAUUGGAACAAGCAAAAAUGAUGUCUCAACCUAAUCUGAUUCUGACACCUGAUUUCAACCUAGAGGCCAUUAUGAAACAUUCAGCUGUUGAUCCCAUGCAACUAGAAGCACUCACUCCUAUCAGACAGAACUCUGCUUCACCCACUAUCAUCAAGAAAUGUCCAGAUAGGGAGAAACACGUUACAAUGGAUGUCACCACCAAAAAUAUCAUCCUGGUUCCUCAGGCUACACCCAACCCUCCUGCACCCACCAAAGAGUUGAAUACUACUGCAAUCUCAGAAGCAGCUGCUGACACUCCUCAAGAAGAAACAUAUGUUAUCUUGCUUGGUCAAGAAGGGGCUGACAUAUGGCAAAAGCACUUUGCUCCAUCUAAAGAUAGUAAAGAAGUAAUUCAAGUCCCCAUUGAAUGGGAGAACCACUCUUCCACUCCAUUUGGAAGCAUAAUGGGAGCUAAGGAGGGACAGUCUGCUUCAUCAACCUCUGCAAUUCAUGGCAGCAGGAAGAGGAAAGGAAAAACCCCUCUUGUAGAAACUGAGGUGAACAUCCAAGAGAAAAGGGGAAUGCAGCAAAAAGAUAAAGGAAAGAAACUGAAAGGAGCUUCUACUGUUUCUGCUCCCACAGCCAGUAGGCAGGCUAAAAGCAACACCAAGAGCACUUAGAGCACCAGGAACAUUCUGUAGUCAGUUUCUUUUGUGAUGUUAUGGUCUGUAACCAGCUAUGUUUAGAACCCCAGUGCCACUUUAUGUAAGGAUGUAUAAGA